AUGACAUCAGUAGCCAAUCACCAAUUAAUUUCAACAGCCAAAACUAGUACUGCCGCCGCAGCAGCAGCAGCUAACUCAACAACAACAACAUCAACAUCAACAACACAAACUAAAAAGCCAUCAUUUUAUAAUAAACUAUGGUGUAAAAUUUGUAGAGUUAACGAUCCAGAUAUUAUAGAAGAUUAUGCUAAAGGUGAUUUAAUUUGUAGAGAGUGUGGUGUCGUAGUUGGUGACCGUAUUGUAGAUGAACAUUCAGAAUGGAGAACCUUUUCAAAUUCAGAGUCAACAGGUGCUGAUCCAAAUCGUGUUGGUGGUCCUAUCAAUCCAUUACUCCGUGACUCUGCACUUUCAACUACUAUUGGUAAAGGCUCCAGAGACUCUUCUUCAUUAAACCGUCUUCAAAAUAAAAGUGCACUUGGAACUGGUGAUCGUAAUCUUUUAGCAGCUUUCAAAGAGAUUGGUCGUAUGGCGGAUCAUAUGAAUCUUCCACAAACUGUACAGGAUCGUGCUAAUGAAUUGUUCAGAUUUAUGGAUGAUAAAAAGAGUACCAAAGGUCGUUCAGUAGACGGUAUGGUUGCAGCUGCUCUCUAUAUUGCAUGUCGACAAGAGCAUCUUUCUCGUACAUUCAAAGAAAUUGCUGCCCUUACCAAUGUACCAAAGAAAGAAAUUAGUAGAUGCUAUAAAAUUAUGAAAGAAACUUUCUCUAGUGUAUUGAAUCUUCAAACCAUUUCAACCGAAGAUUUCACUAGUCGUUUCUGCUCUACUCUUAAACUUCCAAUCGAAGUCAAAAAAAUCUCAGAACAUGUAUCAAAAACUGCUAUGGAUAUGGGUAUUGUAGCUGGUAAAUCUCCUAUCUCUGUUACAGCAGCUUCAAUUUAUAUGGUCUCCCAAUUAUUACCAAAUCCACAAGAUAAAAGAACCCAAAAACAAAUCGCCGAAAUUAGUGGUGUCUCUGAUGUUACAAUUAGAAAUGCUUAUAAAGAUCUUUAUGCUAAAAGAGAAGUAUUAAUUCCCCAAGAUUCUCCAUACUUUCAAUAUAUUAAUAGUUUACCAACAAAUUAAUAAUUUAAUUACUAUUAAUUUAAUAUAAUACUAUUGUUUUUAUAAAUAAUAAUAAUAUUUUUAUUUUUUUUUCACUCAAAUAUUAUUAUUUUUUUAAUUAAAAAAAAAAAACAAAAAAAAACAAAAAACAAAAAGCAAAAAAAAAAAUAUAUAACAAAAAACUAUUUAAAAAAAAGAAAUAAUAGGAGGGAAUCGCAAUGGGAACAAGAAAUUAUUUAAUCAAAUGUAUUUUUUAUAACAUACUAUUUUUUUUUUUUUUUUACAAAAAAAUCAAUAUAUAAUUUUAAAAUAACAGUAAUUUUAAACAUAAUAUUAAUAAAUAACAAUAUCGAUAUUUUUUUUUUAUUUCAUCUAAAAAAAAAAUUAAAUAAACUAAAUUACUUAUUAUUUUAUC